AUUUGGGAAGGUGUGGGGUUUGGUGAGCUGUGAUUUCAUCCGUAUUCAUAGUUUUCUUUUUGUCUGGGUUCAGUUGGACUUGGCGGUAAUUCAGGAGCUACUUUAUAUUUGUCACAUGUGUUGAAUGCACACAUUAAUCUCAGAGUAAAUUAAAAGUGGGUAAAGCAUUUUAAAUUAAAAGCACUUCUGUCAUUUUAAAUUAAAAGCUCUUCUGUCAAAAAGGGAGUUUGAAGAGGACCUGCUUGUGAGGGGCAAUUUUAACUGAUGAUGGAGGGGAGAGUGCAGGCAUGCUGGGGUGGCCUCCCAUCUAUACAAACGGGCUCUGGUCCUGAGGCAUCGCUGAGUCCCUGGCCCCCCGGGUGCUCCUCUGCCAGUGAGAGAAGUGAGACCUCGUGACCUACUGCCUUCCUGCUCCACAUUCAGUGAUAAAUCCACAGUUGCAUUUCACUUUUCCUCUAAUUCUCCCAGACCUCUUUGACUGCAGGGGAAAAAUGGGCAGUAAUUGAUUGUUUCAAAGGCCACUUUCAUAUGUCUUGAAUCUAUGCUCUGGACAUUAUCAAUUGUGUCACUUCUAAGGUUUCAAAAAUAAAGUUGUAAUAUUGGGCCACUCUGCUUAGGUUAUAGAGUGUAGAGUGUGGUGCCUGGCUUAAAAUUCCUUCAGAAAACCAACAGGCAUGGCAUUGGUUAGGUAGAGAACAAAGUCGAUAUUUUGGGUUGUAGGACGUGAGGUUUUAGAAGAGCUUUGAAUAAUUUGAAACUUGUAUGUGACAACAGAACUUGAGGCCUUACCUUGUAACGCCCAGUCUACCCUAACCUUUCUCAUUUGAUUAGCUAGUGGUUUCACCUGAUUCAAGCCCGGCCUCCUCUCCUAGUUGUAUAAUUUGAGGAGUUAAAAUACUGAGCCACACUGUCCCCUAGCUACAAAAGGACAGUCCCUGCCCCUCAAUGUGAAUCAUUGAGUGAAAUAAUGUGAUAGGCUCAGAAGAGUGUUUGGCUUAGAAUAGUAUUCACUAAAUAGUUACUACUUAGUGCCUUACCAUUAAUCUCAGUUGUUUCAUGUGUUUGAAUAUCUCAAUUGGUUAAUUGUAAGUAGCCACCUACCUUUCGUUUGUGGCCUGGUUAUGACCUGGUUCUGAGCCGUGGAUAGCUAAGCCUUUCUGAGUACUGACUGCAUGCGGAACACAUGGAUACUUUUCAGCAGAUGCAAAAGAAAUAACUAGGAAACAUGAAGUCGUAAUUAUUAGUGUAAUAUUUUAAAUGGUAGUUUUCUUUUAAGUGACUGUUUUAUAAUGUAUUCUAGCUCUCAAAAUGACUGCACCAUUACAAAACCAUUAGGAAGAUAGGUGAUAGCUACCCUUAAAUGUAGCUAAACAGUCUGUAUAAUAUAAUUUAAACCCAUCCAUUAAAGUCAUGGAUUGGUACUACUGGACUAGGCCUACCCACAUCCAGCUGCAGUGAACAGCACAGAUGUUACACGGCACCCUUGUUCUUGAAGCACCUUGAUUUAAGACCAGAGGCUUCUCAAGUAACACACACAAAUGUGUUUUGAGACAUGGGGACUAGGAACAAGUGAGUGCUGAGCCGUGAAGGUACAGGAUUUAGAUUGAUUGAAAUAACCUGUUUUCUAUGAUGGGAGGUUAAAAGGAAACUCAGUUUGCUGGUAAACGAAGGCAUCAUGCUCUCCAGGAAGGGCAUGAAUGUGGUGGUUUGGAUAGAACUGGGAUCUGCUGGAGGGCAAAGAAGAAAUGUUUCACGCAGGUUUGGCUAUGCAGACGACAGUGAAAGGCUUUUGAGUUCUGUGUGCCCAUUUCCCACCUCUUGGAAGAGACCCGAAGCUCGUUCAGCCUUGUAGACCAGCUAGCUUGAACCUGUGUGAAUGACUUCGCUCUUCAGUUCUGCAGAUCUGCUGUACACCUGAGCCCAGACCAGAAGAAUAUGCCCUCUACCUCAGGCUUUUUCUCACCUAUAAAUAGGGUACUUACUCCUUGGUGGGAUUGUGACUAUUAAACCACAAAAGGUGCCAACAACUUGGCUUACACAUUCAGUAAACAGCUCUAAGAUACCAAAGGAUAUUUCUAAGAUUGACAUCAAUGACAAUGCAAAGCAAUAUCGGGAAAACUUGGUGCAGGCACAAGUCGAUUUUCAUUCAUCCUUGCUGGAUUAUAUAUGUGAGCUGCAGAAAAAGAAUGAAAUAAAGAUGCACUAUUAAUGCCUUCAACCUUAACCCAAGACUGAAACAGAAUGAAUACACUUACAAUUCCUGGCUUCCUUGGAAUUUGUGCAUGAUUGACUAAGUGAACAGAGACGACUAUCCAUCUGAUCAGCACAAUAGCUUCAGUAGCUGGAAAAAGCAUGGUUUUUUAUUUGUUGCAAAUAUCUGAAUAAAUUCCAAUACAGCUCCUGGCCUGGGUUCCUUGGAUGCAAAUGAUAGAAACCAGUUCAAGUGACUGAAGCAAACAGGACGAGCACCAACAGCCAGAUCCCACCCUGAUGUGAGCAGAUGCCAGCCAUGGGCUCUCUGUCUCCCAGUGGCUCCAUUUGUGUCAUGUGCCCACCUCUCAGCUGAAUGAGGGGGCACACUGAUGCACAGUUCUACCAGACCCAACAGGGUUCGUUCCUCAAACAGGAAGUUGUUGCUGUUACCAAGAGAAAGUGAAAUGGGCUCUGAGCAGCAGCAACGCCCACCAAAUGCCAAUUAUGGGUGAAGGCAGGAUGUUCCUGGCAGUGACGAAGCGGAGAUUCAAAGAGGCCAAGCCACUUGCCUGGGGUCUCAAAGGAGGCAGCGCCAGGACUUACACCCAGAUCCAGAGAGGACAGGAAAAUGUCUGCCCGGGACGAAAAGACGGUCACCCGAAGGGCCAAGGUGGCUCCCGCCGAGAGGAUGAGCAAGUUCCUGCGGCACUUCACUGUCGUCGGCGAUGACUGCCAUGCCUGGAACAUCAACUACAAGAAAUGGGAGAAUGAAGAAGAGGAGGAGGAGGAAGAGGAGGAGGAGGAGGAGCAGCAGCCGCCGCCGCCGUCGUCGCCAACACCAGCCUCAGAGGAGGAGGGCAGAGCUGCUGAGCCAACUGCGGCCCCUGUCUCCACGCCUCGGCGCCCUCUAGACUUCAGGACCAGGUUGAAGAAGCUCUUCAGCUCCCACAGGUUUCAGGUCAUCAUCAUUUGCCUGGUUGUGCUGGAUGCCCUCCUGGUGCUGGCAGAGCUCAUCCUGGACCUGAAGAUCAUCCAGCCGGACAAGAACAACUACGCCGGCAGGGUGUUCCACUACAUGAGCAUUGCCAUCUUGACCUUCUUCAUGAUAGAGGUUUUCUUUAAAAUAUCCGUUUUCCGCUUCGAGUUCUUCCACCACAAGUUUGAAAUCCUGGACUCUGUUGUCGUUGUGGUCUCAUUUGUCCUCGACAUCGUCCUCCUGUUCCAGGAGCAUGAGUUUGAGGCUCUCGGCCUGUUGAUUCUGCUCCGGCUGUGGCGGGUGGCCCGGAUCAUCAACGGAAUAAUUAUCUCAGUUAAGACACGUUCAGAACGGCAACUGUUGAGGUUAAAACAGAUAAAUGUGCAAUUGGCUGCCAAGAUCCAGCACCUUGAGUUCAGCUGCUCUGAGAAGGUAAGAAAGCACUUCUGGGGAAAUACCACCUGUUGGCAGUUGCCCGCCUCAGCACAGUGCUUCUCACGCCAGGCCUUCGUUCCUGUGGGCCUUGAGCCAGGAGCACCCCUCCCCCUGGCCAAGCCUUCCCUGUCCUUGCCUCCUUCCCAGAGCUAGGCUGGGCGUCCCUCCUCUUGUCACUGGACCCCGUCUGAGGGUGGCAGUCGCCUUCAGCGGACGGACUCCACAAGCCGCGUGGCCUGUCCUCGUACCAGGGCUCACGGAAUGAUGGUCACAUCCCUGAUGAGGCUCAGAGGUAAAUUCAGUUAUUUCUCUGCUUUUGUAAUAACAGGAACAAGAAAUUGAAAGACUUAACAAGCUACUGAGACAGCACGGACUUCUGGGGGAGGUGAACUAGAGGCAUCCCUGCUCCACUCCAGAGACGCCGCCUCACGGGCUGUGGCUGUGAAUGAGACGCGUGGGGCAUCUGCGGGACAGGGCUGGUCUGAUGUCUCUGCCUCCUACCCAGCUUGGAUCCUGGAGGGACAGUCUUCCGGAAGGCUCUCUCUCUUCCUCGGUGUGACCGAGGGCUUCCCAUCCCAUUCCCACCUGCACUGUAUCACAAAUGUAUCAUAAGCUGUUUCUCAUGUUGAACACUUGACUCUUGCUUGAAAAUGGACAGUCACUAGUUGUAUACAACAUUUAAUCUCAUCAAAUGCAGUUUUCACGUUCUACGUGAAUACUGAGGCGUUCUUUCAUAUGAGCGCUCUGAAAGAGAAAAGAAAAAAAAGGAAGCUACCUUAGCAACCAGCCCAUUCAGGAAAGGCCUUUUCUAUUUCCAAGCUGUUCUGAACAGCUUGUUGUAGGGCAGUUCCCCAAGGAGGCUGUCCUCGGGUUCCCACCCCCUCCUCCGCAUCAUCCAGCUGCAUCACCCAGCUGCUAGCUGGCUCCACCUCGUUCUGCCACCUGACAUUUUUCUCAAUUACUGUACAAUUAAUGUAUAACAUAAACUCUCUCCUUCCCCCGGACCCUCCUACUAUAUUCUUUCCAGCUUCAACUGCCUGGAACUGCUCUGUGGCAUUCCACACCAGCCCACCAGUUGGAGAGCUCGCUAGUGACAGUGCCUGGUACAGAAAUGUCGAUUGGACCCAAGACUCCACUCAAAUUAACAUGACAUUUGGGGGAAGACCCCCUCCUGAGGCCUUGUAUUCUAUCUGCAUGAGCUUAUACAAUAGUUCGCUAUUUUUGUACUCAUUUCAAUGGGACUUGAAAGAAAACCUGAACUAAAAACAAUGAUUAUUUUAACAACAACUCCCAUCAAAGCAGGAGGUGAGUGAACUGGAUAAGCCCUCAAUGCCUUUGCUACUUCAACAUCUGUUCUCUCUACCGUCUUCCCAAAGGUGCAAUUUGGUUUCCGCGGAGGAUCGGUGUGUUGAGUUUUGGAAAUUACCAAGAUCAGAGAGUGCCCCGUUUUAAAGUAAAACCAAGUGGAAGAAAAUUUCCAAAAGGAGGGAGAUGAGUGGGGAGGGGAGGUGUACUGGUCUGGAAGUCUAAUAAGAUGAGGUGUUGCUGAGGGGCCCCACAGCCACGCUGUUCUAGAGGUGUAGCCUCCUUUCUUGAAUGACUUACGUCAAACAAAUGGGAAGAAGAAAUUGAAGGGCAGCUUGGCAUUGAUGGCUGGCCGAGCUCUGAAGCCUGCCGCUGCAGGAGCAGACACAUCCACGAAAGUAACCGCAGUGGAAAUAAGAACCGUCCUUUCCUUUCCGGAGUUGGUCUGUAAUAAAAAGCCAGGGUGGUGUAAGCCUUGCCGCCGUGUGUCACCAGGAUAACAAAGACAGGACAUCUUUCAUUCCCUUCCUCGCCGACCACUGUUGGUCCGUUCAAAAAUCGGCUAGGUAUGUGGAGGGCUAAUCAGCCAUGAACUCAGAUGAGAGAAAUAACUUUUACCCAGCUUGUCCCAACACAUCAAUGUCAAUCACAACUCAAUUUUCCUAAGAAUUUUAAAGAUCAAAUCUAAACAAGCGCGCUACUGUGAAUAAAACCCGUCAGUGGAGGUUUUUCCUCUAAGACUUAGAGUCUAAUCAGCGGUUCUCAACCUGUGGGUCGCGACUGUCGGAAAACACACCCUGCAUUUCAGAUAUUUACAUUACGAUUCGUAACAGCAAAAUUACAGUUACGAAGUAGCAACGAAAAUAAUUUUAUGGCUGGGGGUCACCACAACAUGAGGAACUGUAUUAAAGGGUCGCGGCGUUAGGAAGGUUGAGAACCACUGGCUAAGUGAAAGAAAAUGACUGCUACAAUGUUUUAAGAAUCCAGAUUGUUGCCCUGGCUGGUUUGGCUCAGUGGAUAGAGUGUCAGCCUGCGGACUGAAGGCUCUUGGGUUUGAUUCCAGUCAAGGGCACAUGCCUGGGUUGCGGGUUCAAUCCCUAGUAGGGGUCAUGCAGGAGGCAGCCGAUCAAUGAUUCUCUCUCAUCAUUGAUGUUUCUAUCUCUCUCCCUUCCUCUCUGAAAUCAAUAAAAAUAUAUUUUAAAAAAAUAA